AUGUCGUCAUACGCAUUAAAAAAACAUUCACCUCAUGAUUAUAUAUUCAAACAAGAACUAGGACACGGAUCAUACUCUACAGUAUAUAAGGCUGUUGAUAAAAAAAAUUUGAAGAAAUGCUUUGCAAUCAAGGUUUGCUCAAAACGACAUAUUAUAAAGGAAAAUAAAGUAAAAUAUGUGACAAUUGAAAAAAAUGUGUUAAACUCAUUAGGCAGGGAGAAUCAUCCAGGGAUUAUAAAAUUAUACUACACUUUUCAUGAUCAAGAUAAUUUAUAUUUUGUAUUGAGUUACGCCAUCAAUGGUGAACUAUUACAAUUAUUACAUAAAAUGAAAACAUUCAAUGAAGUUUGGUCAAUACAUUUUUGUGCACAAAUAAUAGACGCUUUAGAAUUUAUUCACAGCAAGGGAAUCAUACAUAGAGAUUUAAAACCAGAGAACAUCCUACUAGAUAAAAAUAGUAAUUUGAUGAUAACAGAUUUUGGUGCAGCAUACAUACAAAAAAAUAAUGACAAUAAAGAAAAUAUUACAACAAAGUCAAAUGGUAGCCACCCUUGUUUAGUAAAUACCAAUUCUUCCUUUGUCGGAACUGCAGAAUAUGUUUCCCCAGAACUGUUACUUUACAAUCACAGCGGAUAUGGUUCAGAUAUUUGGGCAUUAGGUUGUAUGAUUUUUCAAUUUUUAGAAGGUUUACCACCUUUUCGUGGUGAAAAUGAAUUAAAGACUUUUGAAAAAAUCGUUGCAUUAGAGUAUAAAUGGAGUGACCAGUUCAAAAUUUCAUCACUCGUAAAGGAUCUGGUACGCAAAAUUUUAACAGUUAACCCACAAGAUAGAAUAACUUUAUCUGAGAUAAAAAAACAUUCGUGGUUGAAUUUAGUGGACUGGGACAAUAAACAAAAAAUCUGGUCAAGUGUCUGGAAUAUACCAAAAGGUACCAACAACUUAAUUAACUGUCCGCCUGUCUCUUCAACUUCAUCUUUACAACAAAAUAACAGUAUUAUUAAUGAUAGGCAGUUGCAUGUAAUUAAUACCCCACUGAGAAACAUACCAAUUACCAAACAAAAAAAGAAAAAGAAGAAGCCUACUAAAGUUUCAAAUACUACAAGCAGUAUAGUAGAAUGGAGGAAAAGAUUGGGAAUUUCGUCAUUAAACAUUUCUAAUAAUAGUAAUAGUACUGCCAAUUCGAAUAGUAGUAAUAGUAGUCUCGAUUUAACUACUUCAAAUGAUAGCAAUCCAGUGACUAACUUCUCAAGCAACGAGGUAAAUCAAUUAAAUGAUAUGGAUAAAGUAGCGGAUGAUGAGUUUAAUUUUAAUGGUUUAUCCAGAAGUGAUAUUCCUCCAGAGGUUAAAAAGGAACACAUAUCUGCUCCAAUCAAUAAUUACCCUUUACCAAAAUCAGCUUCUAUGAAUAAGAUUCCCACGACUCCAAAAUAUUCGCAACCAUCGACUAAGUUAAAAGAAAAGCCAGUAAACCCUCGAAUUGUGAAACAAGAACUUGUAUAUAUCCACGAAAUACCAUACAAUGAAGCUGGUGCAGAAAUGUCUCUAACCGGUUAUAAAAACAUAGAUAAUGACCUGAUUACCUCACUUGUGUCUAACCAUGGAUCAGAGCUAAGGUCAUCCGAGGACCUCACCCCUGACCUACUGACAUUAUAUAAAGAUGGAUCACUUAUUUAUAAAACAAUAAAGAAGAAGAAAAAUACAAACAAGGUUAAAAGUUAUGAAGAACUUUUAAUGGUAAAUAUUGCAGAUUCAGACCUUUCAAUGUAUGAUUUUGAAUUCAAUGAAGUAACGAAAUCAGGGUUUCUAAUACUAGAGAAGUAUCAAAGCAAAAUCUGGUUUAUUUCUUUACCGUUACUAAAUUUUUUAUUACCUUCAACUCCGUUCAAAUCUGAGUCUAUAAACAGAGAAGAAAGUUGGGUUGAUUGCCUUUUCAAAUCAAGACAACUUCUAGAAGAUCAACAGCUAAUAACACAAAUGAUGUCAAAAACUUCAAUAGAACAGAAGGUUGCUCCAAAAAAAGGAAACUUAGAGGGGAACAACAAUUCAUAUCCAGCUACAAAUACAUUAUUGCCAUCUCCACCAACUUCUGCUUCAUCUAAGAAAGAAUUGCAUGUUUCUACUAAUAAAGUUAAACAACAGGUAAGGAGAUCAUCUCAGGGUAUUCCUUCAAAUAAACAUACAGUCGCGCAUGUUAGUAAUUCUGCUCCACCUUCUCCAGGCCCAUCUCCAAAUUCAACGAUUAGAUCUCAUGCAACUAAGGCUCCAAUUAAAAAAUAUACUGCUCCAUCUAAUAUGGUGAUUAGUAGUAGUAGGUAUGAAGUCUUGCAAACUUUGAGGAAAGAAGGGCCAUUUGAUCCUAACUAUUACAAAACUAAAGAAGAACUCAAUACAAAUCAGGAGAGACAAUUAAAUAAUUACAGGACAAGAGUGGCAAGCAGUGGUGCAUCUGCUGCCUUCAAGAAUCUACAAAAAAGGAGAUUAACCCAAUCUCCAAACCCGAAUUAA